GGCUUUAAUUUGUGAAAUUUUGUAAUGAAAAUAAUUAUUAAAUAAUUUAAAAGUUUUUAUUGGUAUAGUUUGUGCAUAUAUCUCAGUCAAUCCGAUUUAAAGAAUCCUUCUACCUACAAAAGAAGUGCUUAUCGGUGUGGAUCAUGCAGGACUCCCAGUACUGCGACUUCUGCGGAGUCGUGGACGAGGUCUACGAGGAGCACUCGGAGCUCGACCACGAGGAUACGCCCAAGCACAUCUGCAACCGGAUACUGCACCAGUACAAGCACAAGAAGAAGGAGUUCAGCAGGAACAGGGAUGGCGUGAUCAUCCUCGGGGCGGCAAACAGUCUCCCGCUUGCUGGCUCCGACGCCAGGAUCACCAAGGAACCGCCCACUGACCACCACAAAGUCCGGAUAUUCGCGAAACCCAACCAAACGGUGGAGUUCUUCUUCACGAUCACCAAUGAUAUGAAGAGCGAAGACCUGCUGGUCGUCGGAAUUCAGCUGGCGCACCCUCAACCGCAUUUUGUCAUGUGCGACCACGAGUUUAUAUUUGGACAGGAUCCGCACCUUUUGGAACCUAAAUCCACAAUUGAUACUAUAUCCAUCACUUUUGCUGGCGCGGACGUGGGGCAGUACGAGAUGCCUAUCAUGUUCACCUUUGUUAGAAAUAGUGAUGGCAAGAGUCUCAUUUUUAUCAGGGAAAUGGUGGUUCUGGUGGCAACUGAGAGACCGCAGAAGUUUAACGCCAAGAGUCCUUACUCCAACCUAGACUGGACUCACGCCGAGCGCUUCGUCGUGUCCACGGAUCAUGUGCCGUAUAAUAACUUAUACAAAAUACCUAAACUGCUUAAAAUCUUGCUACCUGCUGGUUUGGAUGAAGAUGCCCUGGAGAAGAUUGAGGGCCCCCUGGACUUCAAACGGCAAUUGAGGAACGUGUUGAUAACGACCAGGGCUAUUUUUGAUGAAGGAAUAACCAAAGGCAACUAUAUGCUUUACUUCCACCAUCUGCUCUGGUGGGAGGAGAUCAUUGCCAGGAUCAAUUUAAGGAAAUAUAAUAUGACUGCUGUUAGUCUAGAGAAGAAGGGUGAAGUUUAUCUGCUUGAAGUGCCCGGUCUGGCUGAGAACCGUCCUUCCCUGUUACGUGGUGAUAAAGUAUACAUAAAACUACAUGGUAACAACGAUAUUAUAUUCGAGAGCGUAAUAAAAGAUAUGGAAGAGAGCACUAUUCACAUCGGGAAUAUUGACGAAAGCUUCAACGCGUACUACACCCCAGAGACUCUGUUCGACAUCCGAUUCAUGAUGUCUCGCGUUCCGCACGAACGGGCGCAUGUCGCAGUGGCUAACGUUUUUGAGAGGAAGCAGGACAGCAGGCUGUUCCCCGAGCCGAGGAAAAAGGAUGUCAAGCUUAAACCGAUCUAUAAAUGGUACAACCCCCUGAUCAAGAACAACGAAGAGCAACGCCUGGCCGUCCAGCACAUCCUGUCGGGGACCUCGCGCCGCGCGCCCUACAUGGUGUUCGGGCCGCCCGGCACCGGCAAGACCAUGACCAUCGUCGAGGCCAUCAUACAGAUAGUCCUAUACAGCUCGAAGAACCGCGUGAUGGUGUGCACAGAUUCCAACAUGGCGGCCGACCACAUCGCGCUCAUGCUGCUCAAAUAUAACAAGGAGCUUAACAUUAACAACUUCAUUCUGCGCGCUAACUCUCAGUCUAGGGUUUGGAGCGUGAUGCCAUCUGAAUUGGCGCCUGUCUCCAACGGCACUAAAUACGAGAACUCGUACUCCGUCAGCAAUUAUGCACUGUCUUCGUACCGCGUCGUUGUCACCACGCUGCUGCACGCCGCCAAAUAUGGAACCCCCCGGGCGCAGGCUCAGCACAAGCUCCAGAUGUCGCACCUGUUCAUCGACGAGGCGGCCCAGGCCUCCGAGCCGGCAACCUUAGUGCCCGUGACGGGGCUGCUGGCGCCGGCCGGGCUGCUGGUGCUGGCCGGGGACCCCAUGCAGCUCGGCCCCGUGUGUAUCAGCCGGGACGCUAAGGACCGCGGGCUAGGUAAAUCGCUGAUGGAACGUCUGAAAACCGACUACUCGAACCUGUACGAAUCGGACCCCAACUACAUCACCAUGUUGGUGAAGAACUUCCGGAACGACCCCGACAUCCUGUCUCUGCCCAACGCCAUGUUCUACGAUGACAACCUGGUGCCCCUUGCCCCAGAAGACCCGCUGAGCCGCCGCAGCAUCCUCGGGCUGCCGGGCGGCGAGCGGGCGGUGGUGUUCCACGCCGUCAACUCCCGCGAGCAGAGGAUGGGCAAGGCUCCCAGCUUCUUCAACGAGAAGGAGUUGGACAUGCUGAAGAGGUACACGAAGGCUUUGAUAGAACACCACAACGUCAGGCCGGUGGACAUUGGCGUCAUCGCUCCAUACAUCAGACAGGUGUACAAGAUGAAAACAUGGCUCAUGAGCUCGGGCUACGAUGAGAUCGAAGUCGGCACCGUCGAAGCAUUCCAAGGGAAGGAGAAACGAGUAAUUCUCGUGUCCACCGUGCGCGCCAACUGCAGGCUCCUCGACUACGACGCUAAAUACGGGCUCGGCUUCCUUGUUGACGACAAGAGAUUCAACGUGACCUUAACCCGAGCCAAAGCCAAGCUGGUGAUCAUCGGCAACCCGACCUGCCUCACUCGAGACAAGAAGUGGCGCCGCUACAUGAACCACUGCAAGGAACUCAACUGCUACUUCGGCCACGAGUGCGAGCAGCUCGAGAGGACCUCUAAGAUCCUCAAUGAGGUCGCGAUCACCAGAUUCAACAGGUGUCGCAUCUCAGAGCUGCUAAAACCAAAGCCUAAAGAUGAGAAGGAAAAGAAGAAGUAAGAUUAUGGUGUAGGAAGGCUCCGGAAUAGUUAAGUGAGGGGGAGGGGGGGGGGAUACACAGGUGAAAAUACUAGUCAAAUCAUCUUUUCUAGAACUGUCAAAACCAUUUGCCAAUAUGGAAUUUACAAGCUUUUAUUUAAAUUUGAUAAUUUGCAUAUGUAAGUCGCGUGACAAUGCAAUGCUGUGCAUUCAAGGUGCUGUAACAUCGAGCUGAUCUGAUGGAGACAGGAGGUCGCCAUAAAAAUUCUUUGAUGAAACAGAACCUAAUUCUGUUUGAGGUUUUUAGUAGUCGGUGAUAGAAGCUUGUAAGAAAAAAGGAAAUUUUGCCAAAUACUAGUUUUAUCUGAUUUGAUAAAUAGAAAUUGCGUAAAAUAUACGUGCGAGCUGUUUUUCUAUUAAUUAUCCGGUGCUCUUAAUCGUGCAUGGUGUGAAAUAAGUUAUUUUAAAUAUAGGAAACAUCCCUAUUGUAAGCCUUAUUCAGUGGGAUAAAUUAAAAUAAUUUUGGUUUCAUGAGUGCUGAAAAGGUUACUGAUUGUUACACUGUUUAUUACACACAGGCAAAAAGUACAAAAUAGUAUUUUAUGCAAUCGUGAUAUAAUAGAGAGCUUUUCAGUCGAGUACCGUGUUUAAGCAACGAAGCUUGCUGAGUUGCCUAAGUAAGGUACGAGAUUGAAAAUCUUGAUUAUAUCACUAUUUAUAUCACGAAAUCUUAAUUCAACCAUUACUGUCGACGAGUAGAAAAAACAAUUUUACUGCUUUUUUUAUGCCCAUCAUACAAGUCGUUCGCAAAUUUUAUGAGCAAAGAAACACUACUUUGUUUGUAUGUUUUAAGAAAGGUUGAAAUUUCUUUGAAAUGAAGGGAAUGCACGAGGUUCAAAAGCUGCAAUCACAAAAUAUGAGGUUGCCAGGCAACCGACAUUUGAUGCGGCAAACGGGUGUGAUUACAACAUAUCUAUGUAUUUCAUUUUACAAAUAUGGUUAUGCCUGUCGGUGUUAAUAUAUUAACCAGUACAUUCCAUCUUUAUUUGAUUUUUUAUAAUCUUAAAUUCCAUUGUUAAGUAUAUUUUGAUACUAAUAGCAACUAAUAGCCUCGUUAAAAUUUAUAUAAUUGUUUGUUUGUUAUGGGAACUGUAGUGAGAUUAUUCCGGAGUCAUCAUUAUACAUAAGUACUAGUGUUAGAGUUUUAAAUAGAUUGUUAAGUUUAUUUUUGUUUAAUUUAGGGUGUUGAAUGGCAAGGGCAGGAUGGCAUUGGAUUUUAAUUUAAAACUAAAACUUUAAGUAUUGUAGACUUUCAUUGCUAUGAUCCAUUUGUUUUAACAAAAAAUGGGCAAUGUUUAUAAGUAUUAAGUAUGGGGUAUGAUGGUUGCACUUUUAUCUUUUAAAGUGUUACGCGUCACUCUCACACUUACAUAUUUAUUACAAAUUGACAACGACGAUGACAGACAGUGAAAGCGAGACCAUUUUAGGCCCGCAAAUCACUUAAAUAAUUUUACAAAGCUUUGUAGUUAAUAAUAUUUAUAGUUUUGUUCAAAACUAUAUCUUAUUGAUUGAUACAAAGUCUCGUCCAUAUAUAUUUAUUAACUAAUUACAUUAAUUACUGAUUAAACAUCCUCGACAAAUAUAAUUAAUCUUUCAAUACUUGAUCUUUAACCCGUCAAAGUUAGGCAUAUCUGUCAAAACAUAAUUAUUUCUGUUUUUCAUGUCAUUAAUCUAAAAAGCAGUUGUCAACAGUUCCUGUCAUUAUGCCAUUUGCCAAAGAACUGUCCUAUUGAUUGCCAUAGUAUAGUUAGUGUCAUCCACGAUGACGCGCAGAUUUAUCCAAUCUAACUUUUAAUAACAUGACUAUACGAGUCAAGUCACGCGUUUUCUUGAAUGACACGACUUUUAUCGCCAAGGUUAUACGUGCGAUUGGGGCGAUUACAGACUUAGAGCCUGUAUUUUUGUACGAAAAGUAGAUUUAAGUAUACAUAUAAUAGUUUGUUAUAAGUGUGUACAAAAUUGAUGCGCAAAUGUUACCUUUAUAAUCAUUACUAUAAUUUAGCUAUCAACAACAACUAUACAUUGUUAUUUCUGUUCCUGUUUCACACUCACAUAUCUAGAGUUGUUAGACUAAGAUAAGUCUGCACCGUUUUUGAUCCAGUGCAAGUGUUAUUUAUAUGUCAUGACUUCAUAGAAGUUUGACGUUUAAAAUAACACUCAAAAUCGAUGCAGACUUGUCUUGGUCUGUCUCUAUUAACUUGAGUUUAAUGACGACAUUUUCUAUGUUACUUAUUGAGAUUUUAUAAACCUUAUUAUAAUCACUGUUAUUAUAACAUAUUUAGAGUCCUUUUUAAACAUGUAUCCUCACAAAUUUUAUUUCCUCCUAUAGGUAUUAUCCGACAGUGUCGAGAGCGUCUAUAGGACCAGAUUUCCAUUUUUUGAGAGUACCUACAUACCUACCUUUUUACCUACCUAACUACCUUUCUAAGGAAGAGCAUGCUAAAGUAACUUUACCUUACUCGACAAAACAGUUUCACGCUCUGCCAGUACUAUCCAAUUAAAAUUAAUAUCUAAAUAAUCCAUUCCAAAUUUGUACUGUCAAUUAGUUUUACUUAUGUAUUGUACUUCUCCUGAGAACUUUUCUUAUAAUUUUGCACCUGACAGCUGUAGGAACUAGGCUUACUAAGUUAAUAAUCAGACGGUCCACCGCGAACCACGUUCUACGUGUUGCCUCUUUGUCGCACUUGUAAUUUCGUACGUAAGUGUGACAGAGAGGCAACACGUCGAACGUGUUUCGCGGUAGGCCCUCUGUACUCGUUGGAGGAAAAUUGGAGAUUUUUAUAACUUAGAUCCACUAAAACUGAACUAUUAUGAUGUCUGUGAUGACCUUGAAAAUGUUGUUAGGUCGUUUAGUAUUAAGAUGGAUAUUUUUUGAUAUUUUUAAAUUUUUGAUGUUGAAUCAUUCGUACCUACUAGGCAUGAAGGCCAUUUCAUAUACUAAAGAAACCUGUUCUAGAGUUAUUUGGCGAAGAAAGAUGGACGUCAGAAAAAGAGCUGUAAGUUUGAAAUUUUACUUUUUAAUAAAAGAAAAUCAAAAAUA